GCGGCGCUCCCGGCCGGCCGUGGCGGCGGCAGCGGCGACAGAGGAAGUUUCCGCUUUGCACUCCACCCCGGUAGCAGCUUCGCGGCAGAGACAGCUUCCUUCGGACUCCCUGUGGGCCACGCUGCCGCCACACGACAGCCUGGCCGGAUCAUGGGGCUGCCCAAGGGGCCAGAGGGCCAAGGUCUUCCGGAGGUGGAAACAAGAGAAGAUGAAGAACAAAAUGUCAAAUUGGCUGAAAUUCUGGAACUCUUGGUUGCAGCUGGGUAUUUCAGGGCAAGGAUUAAAGGCUUGUCACCUUUUGACAAGGUAGUAGGAGGAAUGACUUGGUGUAUUACCACAUGCAACUUUGAUGUAGAUGUUGAUUUGCUUUUUCAAGAAAACUCUACAAUAGGUCAAAAAAUAGCUCUAUCAGAAAAAAUUGUCUCAGUCCUGCCAAGAAUGAAGUGUCCUCAUCAGCUGGAGCCCCACCAGAUCCAGGGGAUGGAUUUUAUCCACAUAUUUCCCGUGGUCCAGUGGCUGGUGAAGAGAGCUAUAGAAACGAAAGAAGAGAUGGGUGACUACAUCCGCUCCUACUCCAUAUCCCAGUUUCAGAAAACCUAUAGCCUCCCUGAGGAUGAUGACUUCAUAAAGAGAAAAGAAAAGGCCAUCAAGACAGUUGUUGACCUCUCUGAUGUUUACAAGCCCCGUCGGAAAUACAAACGCCAACAGGGAGCAGAGGAGUUGCUUGAUGAGGAAUCUCGAAUCCAUGCUACACUGUUGGAAUAUGGCAGGAGAUAUGGAUUUAGCCGCCAAAGCAAAACAGAGAAGGCAGAGGACAAGAAACCCACACUUCCUGCAAGUCUGUCAGCUACAGAGAAAGCAGAUACCCAUGAGGAGGAUGAGCUUCAAGCAGCUGAAGAGCAGCGUAUCCAGUCACUGAUGACCACAAUGACUGCCAUGGCAAAUGAAGAGAGCCGUCUCACCGCAAGCUCCGUGGGCCAGAUUGUGGGCCUCUGCUCAGCCGAGAUCAAGCAGAUUGUGUCUGAGUAUGCGGAGAAGCAGUCUGAACUAUCAGCUGAAGAAAGUCCUGAAAAAUUAGGAACUUCCCAGCUACAUCGUCGAAAAGUUAUUUCCUUGAACAAGCAGAUUCUACAGAAGACCAAACACCUGGAAGAGCUGCGAGAAAAUCAUACCAACCUACAAUCCAGAUACAAUGACACGAAGAAAACACUAACAGAGCUGAAAAGUCACAGUGAGAAGCUGGACAAAGAGCAAGAAGCCCUCGAGAAGGUAGAAUCCAAAGCUGAUCCAAGUAUUCUGCAGAACUUGAGAGCACUUGUGGCCAUGAAUGAAAACCUGAAAAUUCAGGAACAGGAGUUUAAGGCGCAUUGUCGAGAGGAGAUGACACGGCUGCAGCAGGAAAUUGAAAAACUGAAAGCUGAGAGAGCACCUGGUAGCGACGAAAAGACCCUCUCCAGUGGAGAGCCACCUGGUGCCUUGACCCACGUGAUGACUCACAAUGAGGACCUAGACAGACGGUACAACAUGGAGAAAGAGAAGCUGUACAAGAUCCGAUUACUACAGGCUCGAAGAAAUCGAGAAAUAGCAAUAUUGCAUCGGAAGAUUGAUGAAGUGCCCAGCCGAGCUGAGCUAAUACAGUAUCAGAAGAGAUUUAUUGAACUCUACCGCCAGAUUUCAGCAGUGCACAAAGAAACCAAGCAGUUCUUCACUUUAUAUAAUACCCUUGAUGACAAAAAGGUUUAUUUGGAAAAAGAGAUUAGCCUGCUAAACUCAAUUCACGAGAACUUCUCACAAGCCAUGGCCUCACCUGCUGCCCGGGACCAGUUUUUACGUCAAAUGGAACAGAUUGUAGAAGGAAUUAAGCAAAGCAGAAUGAAGAUGGAAAAGAAGAAGCAAGAAAACAAAAUGCGAAGAGACCAGUUGAACGACCAGUACUUAGAACUGUUAGAAAAACAGAGGCUUUACUUUAAGACUGUGAAAGAGUUUAAAGAGGAGGGCCGAAAGAAUGAGGUGUUGCUGUCCAAGGUGAAAGCCAAGACCUCCUGAACAUUUCCAGCUGUCAUGUCAUCGAAUUUUUUCUUUAAUGCCAAAUGCCAACAACAACUUCAUGGUUCUGAAUGCAACAGCAGAGAGAUGCAGGUGUAACGAUUUCAAUCCCUGGAUGUUUUUUUCCUCUAUUUGCUCCCAUUUGGUCAGUUGUUUGAUGAAAUCAAACAGUGCUUACACUGUAUGGCUUGGAUAACCACCUUGAAUUUCAUCCUGCGAAGAAAUGUGAGCAGUACUUAUUCUCUGUAUUGAUUCAACUUUUGUUCUCCAGUAACAUUACACUUAAUGAAGGUACCUGUAUAUGUAUGGACUCUUUGAAUAAAGAAGAAUUCUAUUAACUGAA